AUGGCUUCCUUACCACCAACGUUUUCCGAGGACAAGGAACCGGAAAUCAAAACUUAUCUUCCCGAGACACUACAUUUUCACCGUGGUAUCCAGAUUAUGAGAGUUCGAGAUAUCGAGUUCCAGAUUCCAAUCCCAUCAUCGAAGAAUGAUCCAGAGAAGCCGGAUUGGUCCAUUGUAAGGAGAGCAUGGUGGGAUGUCAUCAAGCUUGUUUACUCUUACUCGUCACCUGAAGCAGGUGACCCUUCCAAAUGCGAGACAGCCAGGCGUCUAACACUAGAACUCCGCAUAAUGGCUGACUCAGAUAUGAUUCUGGCGCCGCAACGGGCCAAUAAGCACGGUACGGCGAGCAUCGAGGUGCUUUCUAUUCCAGACAGUGUCACUGAUGGGGAGUGGAUCGAUUUCAUCCGGAGAGUCACGGACCUGUGGAUGAGCUACGAUGAUGCAGACGGCAAAAAGUUGAAUGUGAGACCGCAGUGGGCAAAGGAUGGGUGGACGUCACAUGUGAUGGGAGGCAUGCCUGCGAAGGAGUACUUGAAGAAAGUGGCGUAUGAAGAAGCUAUUCCCGAGUUCACAGAGAUGUUGAAGGACAUUGGAAGGCUGUACCGCAAGGCUAGACAUUAG